CGCUCCUGCCCCGUCCCGACUCGCCCCGCGCGUGUUGCAGUGUCACCGGCCAUGAAGCAGGACGGGGCGGCCCGGCGGCGCGGGGACAAGGCCAAGGCGCCUCCGGACGGGCCGCCACCAGCACCGCCAGAUGUGGAGAUGAAGGAGGAAACGGCCACGGGGACGGCGGGGGAGACGGGAGGGGAACGGCAGCCACAGCGGGAGGUGGAUGCCGUCACGUUGGAGGACAUUAAGGAGCACGUGAAGCAGCUGGAGAAGGCCGUGUCCGGGAAGGAGCCCCGUUACGUCCUGCGGGCGCUGCGGGCGCUGCCGUCCACGUCCCGCCGCCUGAACGCCAACGUGCUGCAUAAGGCCGUCAAUGGAUUCUUCACCUCUAACAGCACCGUCAGGGAUUUCCUUCUCAGCUUCCUGGAGGAGCCCAUGGACACAGAAGCUGAGCUGCAGUUCCGCCCUCGGAUGGGGAAAGCGGCCUCAGCUCCUCUCUUGCCAGAGGUGGAGGUUUACCUGCAGCUCCUCCUCGUUAUCUACCUGAUGAACAGCAAGAGAUAUCCAGAGGCUCAGAAAGUAUCUGACGACCUGAUGCAAAAGAUCAGCUCCCAGAACCGCCGGGCCCUUGACCUGGUGGUGGCAAAGUGUUAUUACUACCACUCCCGCAUCUAUGAGUUCCUGAAUAAACUCGAUGUGGUCAGGAGCUUCUUACACGCCCGGCUGCGGACGGCCACGCUGCGCCACGAUGCAGACGGUCAGGCCACGCUGCUCAACCUGCUGCUGAGGAAUUAUCUCCACUACAACCUCUACGACCAAGCAGAGAAACUCGUCUCCAAGUCGGUGUUUCCCGAGCAGGCCAACAACAACGAGUGGGCCCGGUACCUCUAUUACACAGGGCGCAUCAAAGCCAUUCAGCUGGAGUACUCGGAGGCCAGGAGAACCAUGACGAACGCUCUGCGGAAGGCACCGCAGCACACAGCUGUUGGCUUCAAGCAGACAGUGCACAAGCUGCUCAUCGUGGUGGAGCUGCUGCUGGGGGAGAUCCCGGACAGGCUGCAGUUCAGGCAGCCGUCCCUGAAGCGCUCGCUCAUGCCGUACUUCCUGCUGACUCAGGCUGUCAGGACUGGAAACCUGGCCAAGUUCAACCAAGUCCUGGAUCAGUUUGGGGACAAGUUCCAGGCUGACGGCACCUACACGCUGAUCAUUCGGUUGAGGCACAACGUCAUUAAGACGGGUGUCCGCAUGAUCAGCCUCUCCUACUCCCGCAUCUCCCUGGCUGACAUUGCCCAGAAGCUGCAGCUGGACAGCCCCGAGGAUGCGGAGUUCAUUGUUGCCAAGGCCAUCCGGGACGGCGUGAUUGAGGCCAGCAUUAACCACGAGAAGGGUUACGUGCAGUCAAAGGAGAUGAUUGACAUCUAUUCCACCCGGGAGCCCCAGCUGGCGUUCCACCAGCGCAUCUCCUUCUGCCUCGACAUCCACAACAUGUCAGUCAAGGCCAUGAGAUUCCCUCCCAAAUCUUACAACAAGGACUUGGAAUCUGCAGAGGAGCGCCGGGAGCGCGAGCAGCAGGACUUGGAGUUUGCCAAGGAAAUGGCAGAGGACGACGAUGACGGUUUCCCGUGACCUCUGGCCUGGCUCUGUGUUUUUUUAUUUGUCCUUAAGGAAGAUGCUGUCUGAGGGAGAGCUGCCCCACGCGGCCCCAGUCCCCCCCUCUGCCUUUCUUUUAUAAGUACCUGCAUGUCUGUACUGGGAGCGGGGGGCACGCGGGGUUCAUCAGCCCCCAACCACAGGCCCUGAGCUCCUGUUCCCUCACCCACAGAGGGAACCCCCCAAUAAACAAACAUUCUUUUGAGGUCGCCUGUGGUCAGUUGUUGCUGAGCCCCGCGAGGAGCACAAUACAGCCAGAGAAUGGGAGCUGCUGGGGCUGGGGCUGCGGUAGCUGGGCUCCCUGGGCAUCACUGUUACCCCCCCACGGCUCUUGCACUGAUCGAGGGGUCAGACUUUGUUAAGCUUCAAUUAUGACUUUAAAAUAAAAGUUGGAAAAACAC